CCUGGGCCUUUUUAAGCCUCCAACAUGGGUACGGGGGCUGGAGAGAGAGACGAGGAGGCAGGAAGGCCGGACGGACAGACAAGAGGAUGCUGACCAUCUGCCCUCCGCUGCUGCUGCUGCUGCUCCUAGCAGGACUCCGGUCCCCAGCCUCAGGCUUGCGGUGUUACCAGUGUGAGGGAGAAGGGAGCUGCAACGUGGAGGAAUGUCCAGAGGCCCAACAAAGCUGCCGGACCACCAGCCUCUGGGAUGAGGACGUGUCCAGCAGCGUGAUGGUAAAGAAGGAGGAGAAGAGCUGUGCCUGGGCCGGGAAGCCCAACUCCUCCUUGUCCUACCUGACGGGCCAGGCGCGCAUCACUCUCGUGGAGAACCACUGCACCACCGACCUCUGCAACGGACGCCGACACCGUUUGGGGUCCGGGCCUGCCCGAGGUGGGCUGGUGUGUGUCACCUGUGGCUCUUCUGACCUCUCCUGUGAGCGAAACAUGCACCGCACCAUACACUGCUCACCCCAGGACCAGUGCGUGGAUCUCACCUCCUACAGCGUCCCGGACGAGAGCACCCCAGACGAGAGGCACAUCCGCGGCUGCGGGCAGCUGUCCGACUGCACUGGCCCUCUGGGCUUCCACAACAACCACACCUUCAACCUGCUGCGCUGCUGUAAUACCAGCCUCUGCAAUGGCGGGCCAGUCAUCCACCACUCCCUGCUGCCCAAGAACGGGGUGAAGUGCCGCAGCUGCUGGGGCAACAGAACCCACGGCUGCUCCCACCAGGAAGAGGCCAUCAUCUCUUGCCAGGGGCCCAUGGACCACUGCUUGGAGGCCACUGGGAUGCACGAGAUCUGGGGUCCUGAGGCUGUGGUGAUGGGCUGUGCGACUGCGGCCUGGUGCAAGAGCCCUUACCUGUCGGUGUAUGGCGGGCUGGAUCAGGUGGAAGUUCACUGUUGCUCCGACAGCCUCUGCAAACAUCAGGCCACCCCCCGCUCCAGGACCACGUCCCAACCCCACCUCGCCCUCUCCUCCUUCCUCGCCCUUCUGGUGCCAUUGGCCCUGGCCCCCUCUCCUUAGCCCCAUCCCACCUAACUUCCCCCACCCCGGCCCCCGCCACCCAGAGCUGCUCCU